GGCCGCGGCUCCUUCCCCCUCAGCCCGCUGCCCCCCGCCGCCGCCCCGCCGCCCCCGGGGCCUGGCCCCGCCAUCAUGCGCGGCCCCAGCCCGGUUCCUGCCGCCGCCGCCCCCGGAUACCGGCCCAUGGGCCCGGCCGCCGCGCAGUACCAGCGCCCCGGAAUGCCGCCUGGCAGCAGGAUGCCCAUGGCAGGCCUGCAGGUGGGACCACCAGGAGCCCCCCCAUAUGGAGCAGCCUCCCCGAUGAGACCCGGCCUGCCACAGUCCAUGAUGGAUCCCUUCAGGAAGCGCCUGCUGACCCCCCAGGCACAGCCCCCGCUGGCCACCCAGAGGAGAGGGGUGAAGAGGAGGAAGAUGGCUGACAAGGUGCUGCCACAGAGGAUCCGGGAACUGGUCCCAGAAUCCCAGGCCUACAUGGACCUCCUCGCUUUCGAGCGCAAGCUGGACCAAACCAUCGCUCGGAAGAGGAUGGAGAUUCAGGAGGCCAUUAAGAAGCCGCUGACGCAAAAGCGGAAGCUGAGGAUUUACAUCUCCAACACUUUCACCCCAGCCAAAGAGGAAGGGGAAGGUGGGGAACGUGUGGCUUCCUGGGAGCUGCGUGUGGAGGGCAAACUGCUGGAGGAUCCGAGCAAGCAGAAGAGGAAGUUCUCCUCCUUUUUCAAGAGCCUCGUCAUAGAGCUGGACAAAGAGUUGUAUGGGCCAGACAACCAUCUGGUGGAGUGGCACCGGCUGCCCACAACCCAGGAGACCGACGGCUUCCAAGUGAAGCGUCCGGGCGAUGUCAAUGUGAAAUGCACUCUGCUGCUCAUGCUGGAUCACCAGCCUCCGCAGUACAAACUGGACCCUCGCCUGGCUCGCCUGCUUGGGGUGCACACCCAGACCCGCGCCAGCAUCAUGCAGGCCCUGUGGCUCUACAUCAAGCACAACAAGCUGCAGGACAGCCACGAGAAGGAGUACAUCAACUGCAACCGCUACUUCCGCCAGAUCUUCAACUGCAUCCGCAUGCGCUUCUCUGAGAUCCCCAUGAAGCUGGCAGGGCUCCUGCAGCACCCAGAUCCCAUCAUCAUCAACCACACCAUCAGCGUGGACCCCAAUGACCAGAAGAAGACCGCGUGCUACGACAUUGAUGUGGAGGUGGAUGAUCCCCUGAAGGCUCAGAUGAGCAACUUCCUGGCUUCCACCACCAACCAGCAGGAGAUCGCCUCGCUGGAUGCCAAGAUCCAUGAGACCAUCGAAUCCAUCAACCAGCUGAAGACACAGCGCGAUUUCAUGCUGAGCUUCAGCAACAACCCCCAGGAUUUCAUCCAGGAAUGGAUCAAAUCCCAGAGGAGGGAUCUCAAGAUCAUUACAGAUGUGAUCGGGAACCCCGAGGAGGAGCGAAGAGCCGAGUUCUACCAGCAGCCCUGGGCGCAGGAGGCUGUGGGCAGACACAUCUUUGCUAAGGUCCAGCAGCGUCGGCAGGAACUGGAACAAGUGCUCGGGAUCCGCCUCACCUAAAGGGGCCAGCGGGGGCUCGGGAGCUCCUCCUCUCGCUGCUGCCUGAGCCUGAUGGUACUUACUGGAAUCAAACAGCACUUGCACAAACCCCAUGUGCCUGGAGGGACUCGGAGCCACCCCCGGGCUCCCCUCGAGAAGCUCUGGCCCCAGGCAGAGCACAGCAGAGGCUCCCCCGGUCCCCCCCCCUCCAAGUCCCACUGCAGCCCCCGUGCUGCGCUAAUGCUUCCCCGCAUCCCUCCUGCGCUCCUCGCUCCUCAGCUCCAGCCCAAAUCCCUCCUGGAGCUGCUGCCCAGCAGGGCCAAGCUGCCUGUGUGCACCAGGAGCUGCCUCCUGCUCUCCCUGAGCCCAGCUGCCAGCACGGCAGGCCCGGCCCUGCCCCUCUGCAACCAAAGUCGUGUCAUUCCAAACGCCAGCCCCCCUUCUCCUGACGUUUUGCACUAUUUUUGUGAGCAGGUUUUAUAAAACAAUAGAUAAAAAAAGCGUUUUGUACAGUGGGUUUGUAUUUGAUUAAUAUAUUGAGUUCCUCUUCCUGCACCCAUGGCCCCAAUCUAUGCAGUGGGGGGGGAGCUCAGGGCUGGCUCGGCCCAAACUGCUCUUUUUUAGACGGAACCAAGGGUUUUUUAGGGGAAGUUUUUGACAAUCAGUUGAUUUAUAGAACGAGUGACUCGGCCCCAGUGAUCCCGCACUGCAGGGGGGGCAGGAGGGGUGGCUCUGUCCCCAGCAGCCUGCAGCCAGUGGGACCCCCAGGGCUACGGAGGGAACUGGAGAUGCUGGGGAGUGAGGGGACCAAGUGGGGCAGAGGGGACAGUGCCACCGAAGUGCCUUAACUCCCCCCCCAGCCCAGGCUGGAGCGGCUCUGCCUCCUGCGGGGGGGCAGGCAGAGGGGGGUGGGUUUACACGGCUCAGGGGUGCCUGCUCUGCCUCUUGUGUAACCAGUUUUUGUCUUAUUUUGGAUGUUUUCUAAUAAAAGCAGUUAGCA